AAUUGAUUGUCACUUUAUUAGAAUUUUGUAUAAGAUAUAAUAUAAUGAUAAUAUAUUUUUUAUAAUUAAGACUUUAAUUUGUAUAAAAUUUACAAAAUCUAAUUUUGUUUAAACUCCGCUGUACAAAAUAAUAAAGAAUGUUGCUGCAGUUCUGAAUAGUGAAUGUCCAGUUUUGUAGAAGUAGUAGAAGGAGAAUAGAUAAUCGAGAUUGAGGUUAAACUUUCUUUUGUUUACAAUCACAAAUUCACAAUCUAUCCAUCUAAAAAAUAAACGCAAAAUGAGUACUGAAAGUAGUGAAGAUGAAUAUAAUCCCAGUUCUAAUCGUGAGAAUCGAACUGCAAGAAAAUCUGUCUCCCAGCCCGUCCAAGCAUACCAGACCAGACGACAAGCGGCAAGAAAAGCUAACAAACUCCUAAAAGACUUGGAGAGCAAUAUGACAAAUUCAGAGAUUAGGACAAGAGAAAAAAGAAAAUUAACUAGGAAAAUGAGUAGUAGUACUACAUCUAGUACUACUAGUAGUCGUAGACCUGCUGGGGCUUUGUUUGAUGAUAGCGGAGUACACAUUCACUUGGAUGUCGAUAUGUGCGAUUGCUUGAAUGAAGACUGUGUGGGGUGUUUCUUCGAAUGUCCAAAGUGCCAAUCAGAGAAAUGUGGCAAGGAUUGUAGGGUUCACCGGAAAUUCUUGGUAGACCAAAUUGAAUACAAUGGCUAUGACCAUGUGAUUAAAAAUCCCUUGAUAAGAAAUUAACACCAGACUUUUUCAGUGCAGUUUCAGUUACAAAAAUUAUCUAUCAUUGGCAGUAAAGCACAAUUAUUGAAAAACAAAUUCUUUCCUAUAAUUGCGAGAACGAACUAGAUUUUACUUAUAUUAUAUGGUCUAUAUACAUAGUAUAAGUUUAAACUUGUGUUUUCCCUUUGCUUUUUAUUUCGUAGGAUCGUUUGAGGUGUCUGUAAAUGGGACAUUAGUUCAUUCAAAACUUUCAACUUUAGCCUAUCCGGAUUACGAUGAUCUCUCAAAAAUAGUAUCUGAUGUUCAAGAUGGCAAUUCUGUACGAGCUCCAUGUAAACAACAGGCAAUCACCAGUUGUUCUAUUUCUUAAUUUAUAGAAAAUAAUGAUUUGUAUGCUAUAAUUAUCUGUAAUAAAUGUUCUCAGUAUUUGGAA